AUGCCAGUGGUCAUCAAUUUCCAGAAAGUUGGAACCUUUAAUAAGCGUCGAGACAAGACAGCAGAGCCCGGUGGCCUUCCUAAUCAACUAAAUGAACUCCGAUCCUUUUAUGGAAAACUGGACGAGCCGCUUGAUUUAAUGCUAGGAUGUGAGGAGUUCCGUGAUGAAGGAAUGGGAGAUUCAUUCCAUUCAAUUUUCAAUUUUGUGAAGAAAACUUCUGAAAGAGGAACUCCGUUGACAAAGGUGAUCGGAGCAGACUUCUUCUCAAAUCGUCAUAUUCUAACAUUACUUGCAACUUCUGCCUACAAUCCAGUCAAAACAGAAAUCAUUGCACUUCGCAAAAAUGAUUCAUUUUUCUGCAUAAAAACGAAAAGGAUACUCCGAAUAAAGGAAUGGGAUAUAAUUUUGAAAAAUACAUGACGUUGAAUGAAGAUGGAGAGCUUCGAAAUCCGAACGAGAAAGUUUCGAAUGCGGAAUGCUCGAAGGUCGUUCUUCGAACAACAUUCAAGAAUGACGAUGAAAAACUGAAAGUCUUUUAUGCAGCUGAAGUAGAUGCUAUCAACUCGAAAAAGAAAUUCGUCGAGCUGAAAACAACGGUUUUUGGAAAAUGGAAGUGGUUGGAGCGAAAUAGUCUGAAAAACUAUUUUCAGUCGUAUAUUGGCAAUGUUCCAUGCAUCAUUAUUGGCCAAAAGAACUUUGACAACUAUGUUCAGAGAGUCGAUACGUACUGGACCAACAAGAUUCCUGAAAUGGAUGUCAAAUGGGAUCCAAAUGUGUGCUUGGAGAAGCUAUUCAAUGUCCUCUCAACUAUCAAGUCGAAGCUCCAGUAUGAUGAUGAAGCUAUUUCUGUUAAAUUAAACGGUCAACAUAUUUUUUACGAGAGUACGAACGCAGGAGAUUGGAAUUUUGUAGAUCCUUCUUUUCUGGAAUAUUUCGAGUAG